AUGAGCGAACACGAGCCCAUCGUCUCCCACGGCCGAGGAGGCCAAGGCAACAUCGGUGCCGACCCAACCGAAUACGUCGACGGCGGCAUCGUCCGCGAAGGCGUCUACGGUGACCAAGGCGACGGCGCCUACUCCGCCGGUCGCGGCGGUGCCGGCAACAUCGGCUCCCCGCACGUCCGGCCCACAUCCAAGGUCCCGCACGACGCGGAAUACAUCCCCGAACUGGCGGUGCGACCGUCCGUGGACGGGGAUUAUCAUACUGGGCGCGGCGGACAAGGUAACGUCCAUCUAGACGAGGAGCACCAGAAAGAGAAGGAGGAGAGGAAGAACAAGCCUGGUCAUGAUGGAUUGGCGGAUCGGUUGAAGUAUAAGCUUUUUGGAAAGAAGUGA